GUAGACAGAGAAGACCGAUUUAACCCGUCUAUGACAUUUGACAAUGACAGAUAACCUAAGAGUAAUAUAAAAUUACAGUAUUUACAGUGUUUGGAGGUGAAUGACAAGUUGAAAGAUAAACCAUGGCUACAAACUAUGCACAGUAUUCUCAAUUAAUAAAAGCUUCGACGAACUACGCACGACGUAUGCAGCGCCUAUCUAAUAGAAUCUUCGGUGAGGUAGCAAUUCCCACAAAUUCCAAAUCCAUGAAAGUGGUUAAGAUGUUUUCUGAGCGGCCGCUGCACACCAACGAGGAAAUCAUUCACUAUUAUCCUCGACAUGUCGAGACACAUAGCUUGAUGCUUAAACUAAGGGAAUAUGGGUUAUUCAGAGAUGAACACCAAGACUUUAAGGACGAAAUGAAAAGGUUGCGGGAACUCAGGGGCAAAGUUAAAGUGUGGAGGAGAAAGUUAGACCAAAAGUCCGAAUAAUUGUGGAACAAACAAUUGAACUGUAGUUUUACUAGAAAGUGUGCUAAAGUGGAGCUACGCUUGAACUGUACAGUUUAAUUGUUACGAGUGUAGCAUGUAUUAAUCAAUCAAGUUGAUGCUUGUAGAGCAUUUCAGAACUUGUUUAAUAAAUUGACCUAUUUAUUAGUCUUUAUUUUGGUUUAGAUGUUUUGUUAAUAAAAUAAAAUCUCCAUCAUA